UUGUUGGGGUGGACCGUGUACCUGAACCCACCUCUACCUCGUUCUUAAACCCUAAACCCUAACAAAAAUAAAAUAAAAAUCCUUGAACCCCAAAAACCUCGAUUUCCUCCUCACUUACACGUUAAACCAGUAGGUCUCCUCCCAACGCAGUUGCAAGAGCCCGCCUUCACCACCGCGAGGCAGAACGCUUCAUCUCCAACAAACUCUCAUCCUCCUCCGGUCGCUUUAACCGAAACCAAGUCUGUACUCGAAUUGAGGGAUUUUCUGGUGCGAAAUUUCCGGUUUUCUUUUUCCUCUCAGCAUGGGAAAACAAUCAGGCAAGAACCUUGCAGGAUUUGGAAAACGCAAAAUGCCCAAGAGGUUCAACACGGGCAAGAAAAGUCGUCGUCUUGAAGAAGAAAAUGUUGCACACAGUCCCGUGUCCACUUCCUCAGGGGAACUACCAAACGAAGAAUCUAACGGCAUGGUUUCUGAAGAAGAAACGGUUUAUAAAGAGCCAUCCAUGUAUGAUAAACUGUUAAUGACGCUGGGAUCAUCUAGUAAAUCUGUUUCUGCUGCGUAUAAGCUGAGAAAAAGACAAGAAGAAGGUAUAAGUGAUUCUGAAAAUUCCGAAGAUGAUGGAAGUGAAUCUUCUAGUGACUCAGAGGAUGCGGAUAACGAUGAAGAAGGAGUUGAUGAUGAUGACCCUGAAAUGGCGGGAAUUGAGGAGCAUAGUGAAGAUUCUGAAAAUGAGGAUGAUCAGGAGACCUCUGCUUUGGAUGAUGAAGAGACUCAUGAUUCGGAUGCAGAACAGGACCUGGGAACCAGUUCUCAAUCUGCUGUUGAACCAUCAAUGUGCUUGAGUUCCUUUGAUAUACACUGGGGGCACAAAUUAACAAAAGCUGAGGUUGAAAAUCUGUCAAAAAAGAAGUGGACAUACGAGUGGGAGGUGCCUGCUGUUGGGAUGACAAAGGGCAACUGGGCAGGAACAGGAGAGUGUUUUACAAAAGAUGACGACCCCAACUCUUGUUAUGGUCUGAAGCAAAAGUUGUAUAAGCAUUGGUUAGAUGUUUAUUGCAAAUCUGGAGGCAAUGAUUUUCAUUCAUCUAGAGAAAGAUUGUUCUUCUCCCUGUUCAACAGCUAUCGGGAUAUAUUGCACUGCAACAAAAAGCCCUUUUAUCACAGAGGCUCUACAGAAGACUCAAAUGUCAUGGAUGCAUACAUUAUGCAGUGUCUGAAUCAUGUCUUCAAAACUAGAGAUCUUGUAACGAAGAAUGAUGCAAAAGUGUCCAAGCUUCGAGAAACUGCUAAUAAUGAAAUUCCUACUGAUGAUAGUUUCAUGGACCAUGGAUUUACUCGUCCUAAGGUUUUGAUCCUAUUGCCAAUGGCAAGCAUUGCACUCCGUGUUGUUAAGAGGAUAAUACAACUUACUCCUUCAGCUCACAAGGUUAAUGUGGAGCACAUGGAUAGAUUUUCUAGAGAGUUCGGAACUGAUGACAACGAGGAUGAAAAAGAAAUAACACCACCUGGCCAGGAAAUUCUAAAACCUCACAAGUCUUCAAAGCCUAGUGAUUUUCAAGUACUUUUUGGAGGAAAUAGCAAGGAUGACUUCAUGGUUGGCAUCAAGUUCACAAAGAGGAGCAUAAAGCUGUACAGUGAUUUCUAUACCUCAGAUAUUAUAGUUGCUUCUUCAGUUGGUUUGUUGAAAAAAAUUGAUGAUGCUAAAUUAAAUAAAGAAAAAGAUGUCGACUAUCUUUCUUCCAUAGAGGUUCUAGUUAUUGAUCAUGCAGAUGUUAUAACGAUGCAGAACUGGGACUUUUUGAAGUCUGUUGUUGAACAAUUGAACCACAUACCAUCUAAGCAGCACGGAACUGAUGUCAUGCGGAUAAGACCGUGGUACCUGGAUGGAUAUGCACCUUUCUAUAGGCAAACAAUACUUCUGAGUUAUUAUUCAAAUCCAGAUAUAAACAAUUUGUUCAACAAGCACUGCAGUAAUUACCAUGGGAAGGUGAAGCUGGUGCAUGAACAUAAAGGAGUUCUUCCUAAAGUGGUCCUUCAAGUCCGCCAGAUUUAUCAGCGGUUUGAUGCAGAUUCAAUAGAACAUUUUGAUGAUGCUCGUUUUGAAUAUUUUACUACAAAGCUCUUCCCAAAGAUAAAAGAUUCUGUUGAGGGCGGGAUUAUGAUAUUUAUCAGUUCUUACUUUGAAUAUGUUCGAGUUCGGAAUUUUUUGAAGUCACAGAGUGCAUCCUUCUGUUUACUUCAUGAAUAUGCAGAGCAAAGUGAUAUUUCUCGUGCACGGGUUCGGUUCUUUGAAGGAAAGCGGAAAAUAAUGCUUUACACUGAGAGAUCACAUUUUUACCACAGAUAUAAGAUUCGUGGCAUUCAGAAUUUAAUCAUAUAUUCCCUGCCUGAGAGAAAGGAUUUUUACCCUGAGGUUGUUAAUAUGCUUGAUGGGUCCAAUGACAUGGCAUGCACGGUGCUCUUUUCUCAAUUUGAUCUCCUUCGGCUCGAGAGAAUUGUGGGAUUGGCUUCGGCGAAGAGAAUGUUGACAUCGAAAAUGAAAAUGUUUUCUUUCUCGUGAAGACCUUGGAAAUGCAGAACAUGAGACGAGACAUCGAUGACUUCAAUUGGUAAGUAACUCUUGCUCGGAGAACGAUAACUAUGCUGGUUUUCAAGACCCAAGUAUAAACCACGGCCAUUGCUCCGGUAGGUUUAACUUUUAGUUCCACCCAAUAGUGUUAAAAGAAAUCGUGCAUUGUACUUUAUUUAUUUUUUUUUCCUUGACUCGGGUUUUAAAGCGUCAAGACAGGUUGAUAUGUGUAGGUUGUACAAGGGAUCAUUUUUUGACAAUGAGCAAUUGAGAACUUCGGAAUUUGUUUUUCAA